AAUACAAAUUUAAAGUUUUACCAGCAAAUUUGAAUGGAUUUAACGGCGAUAUUGUGAUCAGGAGAAAUAUGGUUAUAUUAAAUGCCUACUGCUUCAAUUCCCGCAAACAGCAGCAACUGAACAUGACCCACAGAUCGAAACGAGACUGGGACAUCAAUGAUGCUGUAGUGCCGCAAGUAAAUGAAAGUGAUUUCGAUGAAUUCAACGAAUGGACUGAUGGUCAUGUACGCCUCAUCUAUCCCAUCAGCAAUGAAGAGGCCAAAAAACACAUAUCCGGCUGGGCCAUGCGCAACACCAACAAUCAUAAUGUCAAUAUUUUGAAGAAAAGUUGUUUGGGAGUUUUAACAUGUUCGCAAAAUUGUACGCUCUCGAAUGGUAAUAAAAUCAAUCUAAGACCUGCUAUAUGUGAUAAAGCACGUAGAAAACAAGAGGGCAAAGCCUGUCCCAACAAGACAUGUAGAGGCGGACGUCUUGAGAUCAAACCUUGUCGAGGACAUUGUGGUUACCCGGUUACACAUUUUUGGCGGCAUUCGAAUAAUGCCAUAUUUUUCCAGGCCAAAGGGGUGCACGAUCAUCCCAAGCCGGAACCCAAAAACUCUACUGUAUCAAAGAGAGCAUUUGGCAGAGUGUCACUGGUAUCCAGGAAUACUGCUGCGGUACAGGGUAGAGGAGCGGGCAAAAAGUCUACUUUGGUAAAUGGUUUGACCAGUAGUUUAAGGCAAAUGAAGACACACAGCUCUUUCCUCAACAAAGUAUUAAAACGCUCUACAAAAGCCAACAAUUCCAUGACACAUGCAGCAGCUUUGGAGAUUUAUCAAUUCAAUAAUACUUGCAACAAAUGUACUGCUAGAACUCAAUGCACCUGUGUUAUAGAACCUUUAUCGAAUACAUCCACCCUAAACUAUUCAACUCCCUUACAUCAUUAUGAAACUCUGGCUGGCGCUGUACCUCAUCAAAACUAUACGCACAGUCACCAUACGCACAAUAUUUACCAAAACAACGAAAAUAACAGUACUAAAUGUGAGCCCACGGCUUUGCUAACGGUCAAUCAUCAGCAUAUAACCUAUAAUUAUCCCAUUUAUCAUGCCUCCUCUGGGGUCCUAAGCAGCAAUAGUGCAACUGUGGCUCCUUCCCCCAAAACAGCAACAGAACAAACGCCGCAGCAUCAUUCGUGUGCCACUUCACCAACCUCUACACUGCACAGCAGUUCCCACUAUGCAGCCGAAGGUCAUGAACAAGCUAAUAAAAUGGCGUAUCAUCAUUAUCACAGCUCUGCGGCCACAGGUUAUGGCUCAGAGUCCUCUUUAUGUUACAAUAACAACUGUGAUGCCAUCUCAAACUUUAGUGGUAACUUAACAGGAUCCUAUGACUAUGAUAUACACCCGCCACCGCCACUUUCCGCCCGGCAUUUAAGCAGCCAUCAUUCCGUCCAUGAGCUUCAUGGUGGACCACAACAGCAGCAGUCACAUCAUCACAGCAGUACAACUGAACCGGCAGAAUUUAUUAAUUAUUCAGAUUUAAAAUACUCCGCACGCCAGCCACCACCACCACCACCAUCAAUGUCGUCAGCAGCCACGGCUUCUGAAGUGAUUAGUACUGAACCUGAAUUCAUUAACUAUUCCGAACUUAAACAUUAUCCCCAUAUCAUGGAGUCUACGCAAACAACUGCCGCUAUACACGAAACUAAACCAACCAAAUUGGUCGCCAGUGAGGAGACCUCCCCCCAGCUAUACACUCAAACAACAAACAGAAUUCCCGAAAGUAACAACACCAGCUAUGACACCUGCUACUACGGUAGCACUACACGCCCCAAAUUGGAAAAGUCCAGAGACAAAUAUCUCAUGGAUACAUCCAGCAGUCAAACUGGCACGACCUAUGAUUACGAACACCUUAGCAGCCAGUACAAUGGUGCUUCGAGUAGCUAUUUCCCCAACAUGGCUACCGGUCACAACAGUACCAACUACUCUGGCAUCAAUAACUACUAUGACACGGGACCCGCAGCCGGUAUGCAUGGACCACAGAGCCAUACUUCGGCGUAUGAGUACAAUGGUUCGACAUCCUCCUCGUAUGGCUCAACGUAUAGUUAUGAUCAAAUGAAUGCACGUAGUUCUAGUUUAAUGGCCGGUACACCCUGUCACACUUAUGCUCAUUAGUAUUUUAAGCAAAGACACAGAAUUUUAUUCUACUUAAUAUUUAAGAGAUAUUUCUUUUUUGUUGGCAUUCAAUGUUAAAUUGGGAAAAAAAUAAAAAAAAACAAUUUAU